ACAAAAAUGAGAAACAGGACGAUAAACUGGUAAUGUUCACCAAUCAAUCUGAAGAUUCUGAAAGAUGUGAAAGCAUGGAGCUGGACAAAAAAAUCCAGGAUCUGAUUGAGAGAAAUGCUUCUCCUCAUCCAAAAGGGUUCACCCCACAGGCCAUGACAACUCACAGAAAUCUGUGUUCUCCGAAGACUCCAGGAAAAACAGCUUCCAUGGCACAUUUUGUACAGGGCACAUCUAGAAUGACUGCUGCAGAACGUUCUACAGAGCAUAACGAGUGUGCCGAAUCAUCAACAAGAAAGAACUUGACAAAUUCUCUUGAACAAAAGAUAAGGUGUUUAGAAAAACAGAGAAAAGAGCUCCUGGAAGUUAACCAGCAAUGGGAUCAGCAAUUUAGAAGUAUGAAAGAGUUAUAUGAAAGAAAGGUAGCAGAGCUGAAGACGAAACUGGACGCCGCAGAAAGAUUCCUCAGCCUGCGAGAGAAGGAGCGGCAUGAGAGGCAGGGAGAGGACGAGAGGCAGAGAGAGGAGGAGAGGCAGAGAGAGGACGACAGGCAGCGCGACCUGACCCGGGACCGGCUGCAGCGGGAGGAGAAGGAAAAGGAACGCCUAAAUGAAGAAUUACAUGAAUUGAAGGAAGAGAAUAAGCUUUUAAAGGAAAAAAAUGCUCUUGUGAACGAGGAGAAGGAACAUUACGAAUGUGAAAUAAAACGCCUUAAUAAGGUUCUUCAGGAUGCCUUGAAUUUCAAGUGUUCAUUUUCUGAGGACUGUCUGAGGAAGUCUCGAGUGGAAUUUUGCCAUGAGGAGAUGAGAACAGAAAUGGAAGUUCUGAAGCAGCAGGUGCAAAUAUACGAAGAAGACUUCAAAAAGGAACGAUCAGAUCGAGAGAGACUUAAUCAAGAGAAGGAGGAGCUACAGCAAAUUAAUGAAACUUCCCAAUCCCAGUUGAACAGGCUGAAUUCCCAGAUAAAAGCUUGUCAGAUGGAGAAAGAAAAACUAGAAAAGCAAUUAAAGCAGAUGUAUUUCCCAACCUGUAACUGCGGCUUGGUUUUCCACCUGCAAGAUCCAUGGCUACCAACAGGCGCUGGAGCUGUGCAGAAGCAACGGGAGCACCCACCAGACUACCAGUGGUAUGCUCUUGACCAGCUUCCGCCAGAUGUACAACACAAGGCAAAUGGUUUCUCCUCAAAAAAGAAAGUCAAUCAAUAGAAGUACACACUAACAGAGAGGGACAACAGGCAACGGGGGACCGUGGCUGAGGACCCUCUUCUUUGUUUAUACUGAGGCUUGUUUCUGCCACAAAGGCACAUCAUCUACCCUGUUAUUUGUGCCUCGUCAUGUUUCCCUUUGGCCUGAAUACAGGAAAAGGCUUCUGACAGCUGAGAUCCUGAUCAAAUCGGAGGAGUCCAUUAUUAUACAACCAAAUACAACUUCCGGUUUCCUUGAAAUGAGACUUGGCAGAUGGAUGAUGCACGACUCCCUGAGAAUCUCUUCAGCAUAUUGCUGUUGGAUGCACAAAAAGGAUUCUAUGAUUUAAGCAGCUCAAUGUUUGGUGCAGGGAUAUUGUAUGUUGAUUUAAAGUGCAUAUAUACGUGCGUGUGUGUGUGUUUCCUGGGGUAAAAAUUUCUGCAGUUGUAAAUUUUUAACAUUGCUCCCAGUCUUUUUCCACAGGGCCUUAGUUCUUUAGCCAUUUGACCAGAUAUUGUUGACCUCAGUGAACCUAAACAUAGAAUUGAAGAGGUGUAUAAAUCUCGUUAAAUUAAAUAAGUGGUUCAAUCUGAGUAAAAUGGUAAAUUGGAAGCUAUUCCUUAAACAGAUCAUUUCUUUAAGAUGAUGAGAAAUUGUGGGCCUGCUUCACAAGAAUUGAUUAUGAAAGAUGAAGUCUUGGGCUGGGUGCAGUGGCUCAUGCCUGUAAUCCCAGCACUUGCCCAGCACUUUGGGAGGCCGAGGCGGGCGGGUUGCUUGAGGCCAGGAGUUCUAGACCAGCCUGGCCAACACGGUGAAACCCCAUCUCUACUAUAAACACAAAAAUUAGCCAGGCUCGUGGCACACACCUAUAAAUCCAGCUACUCGGGUGGCUUGAGGCGGAAGGAUCAUUUGAGCCAAGGUAGGCGGAGGUUGCGGUAAGCUGAGAUCGCCACUGCACCCCAGCCUGGGAAAUAGAGUGAGCAAGACUCAGUACCUCUACCCACGCACUCCACACCAC